AUGUCAUACAUAUCGACUACCCACAGUGUUGUUACGAGCACAAAGCUCUAUACAAAGGAAAUCCAUCAUGAUUAUAUAGACCUUCGUGUUCCAACAUUGGGUUGGAGCGAUGGAGCUGGGGAGCGAGAUUCGAAUCUCGCUCCUUCGCUCCCUCGCUCCCUCACAUGA